UAACCUCAAAAAAAUUAAAAACAAAUUGCAUAAUAUUCCUUUGUCUCUUUCGUUAAAAUCGUUUAAAUAAUUAUAUAUAUGUAAUUGUCAAUAAUUGUCAUCUUCAUUUACAAUUAAAAUUGUUAAUAAUCUUGUGAAUUUUGUAUUCUGUGUUCUAUAUUUAUAUUUGUAAAUCUUUAAAAAAUAUAUGUGAAAAAUUCGAAAAAAUCUUUGUUUACUGAUGUUGACAAAUCGUGUGUGUAUUUAUCAGGUAAAUUUCUUCUAAUUUCUUCUCUUGGAGAGAGAAAUUAGAAAAAAACACAAAUGGAACAAAACAGUGAAGAUGAAACUGAUGAAAAUGCAUUAUCACACCAGGUUAUCUCAAUACGAACGGAAUCGAGUGUUUUACAAGAGGCUUCGGAACGAAUUUCCGAAAUUAUUCAGUCGACGAAUAAAAGUUCGAAUGUAGAUGAUGAAAUUAAAAAGUCGAACGAAUUAAAUCAAAAUGAAUUGGUGAGAACUGGCGAGAUCACACCGUUUCAGGCGGAGGAGAAAAAUAAUUUACACCAACAAUCAACUGGAAAAUCCAAUGAAACGUCUCAACUCACACAAUUUGAAAAUUAUCUCAAAUGCCAAGCGGAACUCGCCAAGAAACGAAAAUUAUCAAAAAAAAAUAAAAAUGCGUCAAUUAAUGAAAAACCAAAGAAGAAAAUCAAAAAAUCAAAUAACGAUAAAAUCGAGUAUAUAAAUAAAAAUUCCAAUCAAACAAAAGAGAAUUUUGAACAAGAAGAUGAGGAGAAAAUUGAAGAAAAACAAAUUCAAGAAUUUGUUGCGAAACCGAAUAAUAUUAGCAACGAAUUCGAUUUAAGGUCAAACAAAAGUAGCAAUAAUUCGGAAAUAAAUCGAAACAAAAGUAGCAAUGACCUGGAAAUAAAUCGAAACAAAAGUAGCAACAACCUGGAAAUAAAUCGAAACAAAAGCAACGACGAUCUGGAAAAUAAUUCCAAUAAUUCAGGAAGUGAAUACAUUCCAAGUGACGAGGAGAAUUUAACGGACGAUGAAGAUUAUGGGAAUUCACAAAAGCGAAAAGUGAACUCGUCGUCGUCGUCGUCGAAAUGUAAAUUAGCGUCUAAAGUGAAUAGAAUACUCGACGAUGGCGACGAGGAAAUUUAUCGCGAACGCGUUAGAGGAACGAGGAGACGAAAGAAGGAGCCAAUGCAUAAAAUUGACAAUUUAUUUAAAGUACCGCAAUCAAUUUGGAAGAAUCUCUAUCAAUAUCAGCGAGUGUCUGUGCAAUGGUUGUGGGAAUUGCAUAAUAGAAAUGUGGGCGGUCUAGUGGGCGACGAAAUGGGACUGGGAAAAACUGUCCAGGUCAUCGCUUUUCUCGCCGGUCUCGAGAGCAGUGAAUUACUUCUUGACGAGGGACGAUUUCGUGGAUUGGGACCGACGCUCAUUGUUUGCCCGGCGACUCUCCUGGAUCAGUGGGUGAAACAUUUUCACGAUUGGAGUCCAAUAACAAGAGUCGCGCUCCUCCAUCACUCGGGCUCGUUUCAAGGCGACAUCGAGGACCUCGUCGAGAGCAUAAAACACGGCGGCAUUCUCCUCACCUCCUACACCGGCGUUCUCCUCCACAAGGACCUCCUCACCAAGACCGACUGGCACUACGUCAUUCUCGACGAGGGUCACAAAAUUCGCAAUCCCGAGGCGAAAGUGACGAAGGCUGUGAAACAAUUCUCGACGCCUCAUCGCCUUCUACUCACCGGGAGUCCGAUGCAAAAUUCCCUCAAGGAAUUGUGGUCGCUCUUCGACUUUAUUCUGCCGGGGAAAUUGGGAACCCUGGCCGCAUUCGUCGAGCACUGCGCGAAUCCAAUAACGAGGGGCGGCUACACGAACGCCAGCGCGCUCCAGGAGGCGACGGCCCUGCAGAUGGCGACGAUGCUCAGGAACGCGAUCACGCCCUACAUGCUGAGGCGAACGAAAGUCGACGUCCAGCAUCAUCUGUCGCUGCCCGAGAAGAACGAGCAGGUUUUGUUCUGCAGCCUCAGCGAGGAGCAGAAGAAACUCUACAAGGAGUAUCUCUUCUCUUCCGAGGAUGUUUCGCACGUGAUUCACGAGAAGAAUUCCGGCAAUGGAUUUUUCAGGGCGAGAAUGUUGGUCGCUUUGACGGCGCUCAGGAAACUUUGCAAUCAUCCCGAUUUGUUUUUGUUUAAUCAUCAAGUUGUGGACUCCGAGGAUGAGGAGUCUAUGGAAUUGACGGAUAAAAUGAUGGAAACAUUCGGCCAUUGGAAGAGAGCUGGCAAAAUGAUAGUCGUUCGUUCAUUGUUGAAAAUUUGGAAGAAACAAGGACAUCGAGUGUUGCUCUUUACACAGAGUCGUCAAAUGAUGCACAUUCUCGAGGCAUUGGUACAAGCUGAAAAAUACACUUAUUUGCGAUUGGACGGAAUGACUCCAAUGGGUCAAAGGCAGCAAACGAUUCAAAAAUUUAAUACAGAAUCUUCGUAUUUUGUUUUCCUGUCGACAACGAGAGUCGGGGGACUAGGUGUAAAUUUAACCGGUGCCGAUCGAGUCGUUAUUUACGAUCCAGAUUGGAAUCCAGCAACCGAUGCACAGGCGAGAGAAAGAGCUUGGCGCAUUGGUCAAGAAAAAAAUGUCACCAUUUAUCGUUUAAUAACUGCUGGAACUAUCGAAGAAAAGAUUUAUCAUCGUCAAGUUUUCAAACUUUUACUAUCGAAUAAAGUUCUCGAGGAUCCACGACAGCGACGACUGUUCCACACGUCCGACAUUAGUGAAUUAUUCAAUUUAAAUGAAACUCUUGACGGUGAAGCCGAAUCUGAUGAAUUAUUUCGACACUCGAAACUUUCGGCGCCAAUGAAGAAGAAGCAAAAGAAGGAAAAGAAAACAAAAACGACAAAAACUUUCUCCUCAACAAAAUUGGAGGAAAUGCGAAAACUCGCCUCAAGUCUCAGCAAGGAAAUCGGUAAAAAGGGGAGAAGUGACCCGGAAAUUUCGAAAAAUGAAAAAAAUACGGAAAAACCGGUUGAAUUGGAGGAAAUUAAAAUCGAAAAUUGUGACGAAGACAAAAAUAUUUCGGAAAAUAUGGAGAAUUUCGACCAAAUUGUCAGUUGUACAGAAAGAGAAAAUGAAAAAUUAGAAAAUAAUUUCGAGGAAAGUGAAAAAUUAAAUGAUAACAUUGAAGAAAGGGAAAAAGCGGAAAUUAACAGCAAAAGUGAGGAAAUUGACGAAGAGAAAAUGGAAAAUAUUGACGAGGAUAAAAGAGACGAAGAGAAAAGGAAUGAAAAAGAUGGCGAAACUCGAAACAAUCUCGAUAAUUCGAAUAAUUUUGAUAAAUCCGACAAUUUCGAUAAUUCUGGCAAUAAUUUAUCGAGUAAAAUGGAAAAAGAAACGAGUGAAGAAGAGGGCGAAAUUCGUGAAACAAGUGAAACUUUAAUUGAGGAAAAAGUAAAGCAGCAGCAGCAGCGAAAGAAGAAAAAAAGGAAGAGGAAAGAAAUUGCGAGUGAAGUUUCGGCACUUUUCGAAGGCGAACAAGUUCCAUGUCUGCUGGGUCGACGUCUUGGUUUUGCGAAAGAGAAUCAAGAGCCAGUCGCCACGGAGGACGACGACUACGUACUCUACAAAUUAUUCUCCAAAGCUGCCGUGAGUUCGGCCUUCCAGCACGACUCGGUAAUUUCAAACAAAAGUGGAGAACCAUUUGAAUUGAGUCUCCUGGAACGAACGGCCGCUGAAAGUGCUCAGGAGGGAAUGGAAAAAAUACGCAAUUCCCGAAAAUAUUACAGUAAACCGUCUUGGAAAUCAAACUAAUUCCCAAAAAACAGAAACAAACAAAAAAAGAAAGGAAAUCUGUAAAUAAAUUACAAAUUAGAAUUAUUUUCACAAAACAGUAUUACAAAC